AUGACGACCUCGAAUCAGAACGUCGAUAACAUCGACGCCCUCCUUGACUUUAGCGAGUACGACAACAUGUCAUACCAGUCUCCCUCGCUCUCUCCUACCGCUACCGCAAAGAACACCUUCACCCGUCCGUCGGUGAGCACUGUCGCGACCCCGACUCUGCCCUCGGCAUCACAACCCCUUACUGGCCCGAGCCACCAGUACGACCUCUACAAGCAGCAGACCGGCAUCGUGCCAGGCGCACUGGCGAGCACCCUGGCCGUGAAUGAGAUCAACCCCCAUAUCAGCGGCUACAACAGCGGCUACGGCAUGGAAUAUCUUGGCGGUGGGUUGAGCCCCGAGAACGACCUUUUCGAUUUCAACACCUCUCCCUCGCAGAACUCCGCCGGUCUUGACAUGGACAUGGAGUUCGACUCUCCCCCGGACUCUCAGUACUUCUUCCCCAACCCCACUGUCAACCCCUCGGCCAUCGCCGGUCAGGAGUCGCCAGUUGUCCCGUCGCAGCAGAGCAAUGUCGGCAGACUCUGGCCUGGCAUGCACUCUCAGGCUGCCCUCGCCAAGGCCCAGGCCCAGCAGAGGCAACAACAACAAAUCAUCCAGCAGCAGCAGCAGCGCCAGCAGCAUAUGGGUCACAAGCCGCGCACCAAGAGCCAGCAACCCACCGACCCCAUCGUCGAACAGAAGAUCACUCAGCUCCUCAACUCGAUGCGUGCUAAGCCCGCUCAAGAGGGCGACAGCCCCACUCCUCUCAUGAACCUUCCCCGAACCAAGAAGGAUGAGGAGGACAUGGACGAGGAUGAGAGACUUCUGGCCAGCGAGGAGGGCAAGAAGCUUAGCAGCAAGGAGCGUCGCCAGCUCCGCAAUAAGGUUUCCGCUCGCGCCUUCCGCUCUCGUAGAAAGGAGUACAUCACUCAGCUCGAGGCCGAGAUUGCCAACAAGGUUUCUGAGAACGGCGACCUGCGUGCCCACAACCGCGCCCUCCAGGAUGAGAACAAGCGUCUGCAGGAUCUUACCCGUAUGCUUCUUGCCUCGCCCUCCUUCUCCAACUUCCUUGAUCACCUGAGCACCAACCCUCAGGCUGCUCCCCAGGCUGCCGCUCCUGUCAAGGUCGAGAGGCAAACCGAGCAGCGCCAAAUCCCAAAGGACAUCAACCCCUACGCCAACCAGAGCCAGCAGCAACAGAUUGGUGUGGCCAUGCUCCCGGAGCAGAACAUGGAUUUCUCCAUGCUCAACAUUGAUAACGAUGCCUACAACUUCCAACCCCAGGUCUUCGCUGUUCUCGAGACUCCUGAUGUCCCUGUCACCAUUGAUACCAACGUUCUCUCUGGCAAGUCUUCCAACUUUGUUGGUGAGCAGUUUGAGUCGGACGACGAGAAGAUUGAGCUUCCCACCAUUGAGGCCCCUAAGGUUCUUGCUCCCGAGGUCCAGUCUCAAGCCCUCGUCGAGGAGGAGGUCUUCGAUGACGAGUUCGAGAACGACCCCGAGUUCGCCCUUUACCACUCUUCUGCUCCUGCUUCUGAGGGCCCUAUCGAAUUGGACACUGAAGUCUUCUCCCACGUCGCCAUCUUCGGUGGCGUCGAGACCGAGAAGGUCCUUGCCCGCUACGAACUGGUUGAUGCUUCAGAAGAGGAACAGAACGCCUGUGUGGCCAUGGCCAAGGUGCAACGCAUCGCAGCCAGCCUGGAGCCAAUCCUCGCAAGAUUAGAGUCGCUGGUUCUCUAA